UUGGCCAAUACGUUGGGCCGGCUGACGAAGAGAGAGCGGCGUUUGCGUGAGCUAUGGAGCAGUGAAAACUGUCUGCUGAGCGGCCGCUUUUGGUCCAGAGUCCCUCCGGGGUCACGGCCCCGCCCACCCUUUAGAACUGCGCGAGGAAGUGCGCGUGCUUGCUGGAGUAAUGGGCUGAAUGCUCAGCUCGUCGUUCCUCCGGGUCCCCAGAGACAGGCUGGGCUCGGAGGUCAGGGGCUCCCUCUCCACCCACGGCCUGGCCUGGCCCACGGAGUCUGGCCAUAGAGGGCCGAGCUCGGGAAGCAGCAGAUAACAAUGGCCCAGUCCGCCAUGUCUCUCAAGGGUGAUGUGUUGAGUCAAGAUGAACUGCGCAAAAAGCUAUACCAGACGUUUAAGGAUCGGGGUAUACUGGACACACUUAAGACACAACUCCGAAAUCAGCUAAUUCAUGAAUUGAUGCAUCCUGUGUUGAGUGGGGAAGUGAAGCCUCCAUCCAUUCCAGUGGAAGGCAGUGCCCUCCUAAUAGGUGCUUCUAACUCUCUGGUGGCAGAUCACUUACAAAGAUGUGGCUAUGAAUAUUCACUUUCUGUUUUCUUCCCAGAAAGUGGUUUGGCAAAAGAGAAGGUAUUUACUAUGCAGGAUCUAUUACAGCUCAUUAGAAUCAACCCUUCAUCCAGCCUUUACAAAUCACUGAUUUCAGGAUUUGAUAAAGAAAACCAAAAAGGUUUUCUUAUGAGUUUCUUAAAGGAACUGGCAGAAUAUCAUCAAGCUAAAGAGAGUUGUGAUAUGGAAACACAGACAAGUGCCACGUUUCCUGGCAAGGUGUCCCUAGCUGAGAAGCUUCAGCUUAUUGAUGAUGAAUUUGCAGAUGCCUUUCCUCACCGUCCCAAGCUAGAAUCUUUAGAGACAAAGUUAAAUGAAUAUAAGAAAGAAAUACAACAGCAGCUUCAGGUAGAAAUGUGUCAAAAGUUGAAGUAUUUUAGAGAAGCUGAAAUAACAAAAGUUCAGAUGGAAGAGAAAAGAAAGUAUGAAAAGGAAUUGGCUGAGUUCCGGAAUGAAUUUGAAAGAAUUUGUCAAGCAAAAAAUGAAGCCCUCAUUUCUCAGGAAAAGAACACCCUGGAAAGAAUUAAAAAGCACAGAGAGAUUGAAACGAAAGAAAUUUAUGCUCAAAGACAACUUCUACUAAAUGACAUAGAUUUGCUUAGAGGUAGAGAAGCAGAGCUGAAGGAAAGAAUCGAAGCAUUUGAAUUGACCCAGAAGCUCCAAGAAGAAAAGAAUAAAAGUGAGGUUGAGGCACUUCAGAGAUGGGAACAGAAUCUAAAGAACAUUGAGGAGACCUAUGAUCAGAAGCUCAAAACUGAACUUUUAAAAUACCAACUGGAACUAAAGGAUGACUACAUUGCUAGAACAAACAAACUAAUGGAAGAAGAAAGGAAGAAUAAAGAAAAAACUAUUCAUUUGCAAGAGGAGCUCACAGUUAUUAAUUCCAAAAAGGAGGAACUCAGUAAAUCUGUAAAUCGUAUAAAAGAAGUUGAGCUGGAGCUAGAGUCUGUCAAAGCCCAGUUUUUGGCAAUGUCAAAACAAAACCACUUGCUGAAUGAGAAGGUGAAAGAGAUGAGUGAUUACUCACUACUGAAAGAAGAGAAAGUGGAGCUUCAGGCACAAAAUAAAUUACUUAAACAGCAACUGGAAGAGAAUAGGAAUGAGAACUUACGUCUCCUAAACCGCAUAACUCAGCCACCUCCUGAGCUUUUGGUUUUACAGAAAGAAUUACAGAAAGCAGAACAUGCUAUAACACUGGAGCACAAGGAGUUUGAAACUCAGAGGCAAGCUCUGCAGAAACAGUUGCAGAGUGAAAUUGAACAUUCUACACAGUUAAAGACUCAGAUAUUGGAAUAUGAUGCUUCUGUUAAAAGGUUAACCGUUCAGGUGGCUGAUUUAAAAACACAACUAAAACAAACUCAGACAGCCCUAGAGAAUGAAGUAUUCCGAAAUCCAAAGCAGUCUCUGACCCUUCAUUCCCUAAGUGGUCUAGUGAGUGGCAAGAUGGUGCCUCACAAUGGGGAUCCAAGUGGGGAUUUCUUGAAUGUGCCCCUUGAGCAGAACAAGGUUAUGGCAGGUGCAGUUAUGUCAAAGGUCCUACCUUAUGCAAAUACAGCGACAGAGGCUAGUUCCCCAGACUCUGACCUUGAGUUUGUAGCCAGUAGUACUAAAGCCAAAGUAAGAGAGCUAGAGCAAGAGGCUGAGCGCUUGGAAAAGGAGUUCAGAAAUUACCUUCGGAGAGUUACUCGGAAUCCUACUGUGAGUCCUCAGCCAGCAAAGAGUCCUUCAUCUGCAUACUCGAUAGGAGUUCCUAGAAGCAGAGCUUCCAGUUCCAUGGACAGACAUGUUUCUGCAGAGGACAGAGGUGUCUCUGAACAGCCUGUUGUGGACAUGCUAAAGGAAGAAAAGAGUGAUGUGUCCAAAGCAUUCAUGAGCAGCGUGGUUUCUCGGCCUCGAAGGACCUCUUCCUCCACACGCCUCUCCUCUACACCCCAUCCAAAAUCGAGAAGAAGCCUUGAUAAUGAAAUGUAUCUGGAAGGCCUGGGUAGAUUACGCAUUGCUUCCUCCAGCCCUUGCCUUGACAGAGCAGAUGGGUCACAUGUUGCUUCCUCUAGUCCUUGUCCUGACAGGACAACAGCCCAGCCAUCACCUGUUCCAUCUAGGCACAGUUUCUCUGGUCCUUUGUCCAGCGCUCGAGAGAAAAAUGCCUGUUUUUAUCAGAGACAAAUUGAAACUCAAGACAAAAGCAAAGUUUCAAAUGUGGACAAGCAAUCUUUGAAAGAUAAUGAGGAGUGUGAACCGCCUUUCAGAUGGAACAAGCCAGAAGCAGAAGGACUCCACCCUGCUGGUGACAUGCUUAUCAUGGAUGUUGCUGCAGCUGCUGUGCAUUCCAGACCAAUUUCAUACGACUGCCCAAAUGCUGAUCGGAGCCAAACUGGAGAGCAAAAGGAAGAACAACAGCAAUGGGAACUCCAGAUGAGAGAACAGAGGCAGAGAGAAGAACAACGGCAGAGUGAAUGGCAAGAAGAAGCUCUAGAGAGAGAAAGAAGAGAGCUGGAAAAACUGGAGCAGGAACGGAGAAUGAUUGAAGAAUCACUGAAGAUUGAAAUGGAAGAAGAAUUAGAAAAAAGUAUUCAAGAACCAAAAGACAAAUCAACUCAUGAUGAAAAUCCUUUAGAGAAAUACAUGAAAAUCAUCCAGCAGAGACAGGAGCAAUCAAGUGCAGAUAAGAGCUCAAAAAAAUCAGGCAGAGAAAGCUCACUAGUGGACACGAUGGCACCUAGUGACAAGGAUGAAAGUUCUCCAGGCUUUUCUCAUGAAGAACCAGAUGACGUCUGGUAAUCACAUUAGCUGUCUAGCUUCUUCCAUACAAGAAGUUGUGUAAUAGUAUUCUUAUUUUUCUGUAAUUAAAAUUGUCAAAAAGUU